CCUUUAUGUACUAUUUAGAACAAGGAAAAUCCUUUUCGAUUUGCUGAUUCGUUGAACGCGGCACGUGUAUAAUUACAACCAGUUCGCAAGUCCGAAACUUCUAAAUGAAUUUCCUAGUUCAAUCUAGUAGUUGAACGCGGUAGAAGAUACAAUCAACGACAGUCAAACAGCCAUUGUUGAGUAAUUUUGCACAUGGGGUUCUAGUCUCAUUGAAUAUUUCAAGACUUCUUGUCGAGAGUACAGCUGAUCAAGAACAUUGAUGACCAUCUGCUGAGAGCCUCUGACAGUGGCCUUGUUUAGUGACGUGCUGCUUCCACCCGUCUCCAUCCUUCUACCCCGGUCUCCAGUCCUGCACCGGUCUCCAGUCCUUCACCCUCUACUUUGUUCUUGUCUCCACUUCAUCUUUCUGUCCUCAAUCCCUCCACCCUGGUCUCUGCCUCAACCCUCCACCUUAUUCCUACCCUCCCCGAACCAUCACCAUGGGGGCUGAGAAAGACACAGACACCAUUUUGACUGGCUCCAUGCGUAUGAAGCAGGAAAUCUCCCUGCUCCAUGGGGUCUGCCUCAUUGUGGGAAGCAUGAUCGGCUCAGGCAUCUUCAUCUCCCCCAAAGGGGUGCUCUUCUACACAGGCUCCUUCGGCCUGUCCCUGGUGGUGUGGGCCAUCGGCGGGGUCUUCUCUGUUUUCGGGGCCCUGUGCUACGCCGAGCUGGGAACCACCAUCCGCAAGUCUGGGGCCAGCUAUGCCUACAUCCUGGAGUCCUUUGGUGGCUUUGCGGCUUUCAUUAGGCUGUGGUCGUCCCUGAUGAUCGUGGAGCCAGCAGGCCAGGCUGUCAUAGCCCUCACCUUCUCCAACUACCUGGUGCAGCCCUUCUACCCCACGUGCUCAGCCCCCUACGAUGCUGUGAAACUCAUAGCAGCAGCCAUCAUCAGUCUCCUGACGUGUGUGAACUGUAUGAAGGUGAAGUGGGGGGCCAUUCUCCAGGUGGUCUCUACAGUAGCCAAGGUACUGGCCCUCAUUGUCAUCAUCAUUGCUGGGAUGAUCAAGCUGGGACAAGGCCAGACGCAGAACUUUGAGGAUUUGUUUAAGGGUUCUAAAGUGAACCCUGGGGACAUGGCCCUGGCUCUGUACGCUGCGCUCUACUCCUACUCGGGCUGGGACGCACUCAACUUCAUCACCGAGGAGAUCAAGAACCCGAAGAGGAACCUCCCAUUGGCAAUAGGGAUCUCCAUGCCCAUCGUCACAGUGAUCUACAUUCUGACCAAUAUAGCUUACUACACCGUUAUGGAUGCUGGCACCGUGCUGGCCAGUGAUGCUGUGGCUAUGACUUUUUCUGAUUUGGUCCUGGGCUGGGCUCGGUGGCUGAUCCCCUUGUCAGUGGCCAUCUCCUGUUACGGAGGACUCAACUCCUCCAUCAUUGCUGUCUCCAGGCUGUUCUUCGUGGGCUCCAGGGAGGGCCAUUUACCCAACGUCCUCUGCAUGAUCCACGUCGAGCACUACACCCCCAUCCCAGCACUGCUCUUCAACGGAGGCAUGUCUCUGAUCUACCUGUGUGUGAAGGACGUGUUCCAGCUCAUCAACUACUUCAGCUUCAACUACUGGCUGUUCAUCGGCCUCUCCAUCGCCAGCCAGAUAUACCUCCGGUUGAAGGCUCCCGACAUGCCCCGGCCCGUCAAGCUCUCUCUGUUCUUCCCUAUAGUGUACUGCAUAUGCAGUGUGUUCCUGGUGGUAGUACCUCUCUACAGUGAUACCAUCAACUCUCUGGUUGGUAUCGGGGUGGCUUUGUCUGGAGCUCCAGUGUACUACAUCUGUAUCCACCUGCCCCCCUCCUCCAGGCCUGCCUUCCUGGGCAGGAUGCUCGAUGCGAUCUCCCUGAACACCCAGAAGCUGUGUCUGUGCUGUGUGGCCUCACGUGACCUAGACCUGGACAACAUCCCCGAGGAGAAGCUGGAGUGAGGGAUGAAAGGAGGUGUGGAGGGAUGGAGGUAGAUACUGAGCCAAAGGUGGAAACAGGCAGACCACAAUCACAGCUACACCCCUUCUGCACCAAUGAUGAACAUUUGUUUUUAAUUUUUUUUUUUUGCCAGGACUUCAUUAUUAAUAAUGUGUGACUUGCUUGUCCUAUGGGACUGUACAGUGUGUGUGUGUUCAAUGCUGAGGAAAGCCACUUUCUAGUGCCGGUGGACUCUGACAACCACAUGCAUGCAGCACAAUGUAGUUCACUCCUACUGGUUACACCUAUGGAGACGAUCAACCAUGGGAGUUUAACCAUUUAACAACGCAAGAAUUUCAAAUGGAGAUUUGAACAGGCCCUACUGACCAUUUAGGAGGAGUAGGUUUUCAUCAGCAGGACAUACUGAAUAAAGCUAGUGGAGAAUUGAUUUUUAUUUUUUUAAUUAAAUGAGUUAUUUGUUUUGAAAGAUGGAAAUGUCAGUCAAAGAUGCCCAUUCUGGCCAUACUUUACUUGCACUAGGCCAGGUGGUGUGUGUGCACAAACUGCCUGUCUGAUUGUUUACUGGUCAUUGAACAUUUCUUCAACUUAGUGGCUGUCAAGUGACUGACUCAUGUACUAUAUGGAAACUGCCAUGGGUUGAGCCGUUAUGGCAUCAAAGUAAUGUUUAUUGGUGAAGCUGACAGACGGUGAAUUCUUAUUUUAUUUUACCUUUAUUUAACUAGGCAAGUCGAUUAAGAACAAAUUCUUAUUUUCAAUGAUGGCCUGAACAACUCCCUUGUUCAGACCAGGAUAUGUUUCCAAUAAUAUACAGAGGACUGGUCUCAAUGUUUUUAGUUUUUUUUUUUGUAUAAAAAAAAAUAUACUCAUUAGAUGGCGAUCCUAUUCAUGACAUCUCUGCCAUAGACUUACCAUGGUGUCAUGCAUGUCUUGCUCUCUUUUUUUUUUAAUAGACCUAGAAAUCCUACGACAUGGAUUUGGUAGGAUCCAAUGUCGUAAAUAUGCACAUUCAUGCAAUUUGGAUAAACAUAUGAUGCAGCUUGCAGGAUUAGAGGAAUGCAACAUCUCCUUUAUAAUGCAAUUCAUUGAGAAGCCAGAUCAAAUAUUAGAGCUACUGGCUGAGACAUAUUUGAUUUCUAUGCACCAUCUAGUGGUAGUUUUAUGAACUUCAGGUUGUUGAGAGCAAGUCAAUGUUGUGGAUCACUGCACUCGGGGCACUUGCAUCCAAAAGUUGUUGUUCUGAAUGCGUUGUCUCUUAUUGGUGUUUGCAUGUAUGUUGUCAUUGGAAAUUUGCUUUAAAGGGGCAAUCAGCAGUUUAAACUAUAACAAUGUGGCACAGUGGUGCAAGGCACUGUAUCUCAGUGCAAGAAGUGUCACUACAGACACCCUGGUUCGAAUCCAGACUGUAUCUCAACCGGCCGUGAUUGGGAGUCCCAUAGGGUGGUGCACAAUUAGCCCAGCGCAUUCCGGGUUUGGCCCUGUAGGCUGUCAUUGUAAAUAAGAAUUUGUUCUUAACUGACCUGCCGAGUUAAAAAAAAUGGGUACUCCCUGCCCGUUUUGGUAAAAAGCUGAGGGAGAAAUAUAGCCACUCAAAUUCAUAGACUGUGCUAUGGAUGCAAGGACUGACCAUCCAUGAUAUUAAAAGGAUAGACUUUUGAGAACCAUUUUGAGGCCGUUUGUUUACAUUUACUUUGUUUACAAACAAAUGUAAGGUUUUUCUCAGUUCUGAUGGUGAACGUCAGUUGAACUAAGCUCAUCAGGCAUUUAUAAUCUAUAUUCUUCAAGAAUCAAUGGGUACAUAUCAUUCAUUUAUAAGUCCAAAAAUCGAUGUAGCAACUGCAUAUUGACCCUUUUUAAUAAAUGAUCUCAUUCCAUCUAUGUGUGACUGCCAUUUGAAUGUUUUUUUUGGUCACUUUUUAUAGUUCUCAGUGGUCAGGUGUACAUUUCUAAAUUGUAAUAAUUUAGCAGAUGCUGUUUCAGAGUGACUGAAAUGAGCAAUUAGGGUUAAGUGCCUUGCACAUAGACAGAUUUUUCACCUAUAAAGCACAUAAAUCCAUUUUUACAUUUGGGAAUUAUAAUGGCCAGGUUAUGGCAGAGCCAAUAUGGACUGUGGUCGACCUGUCUCACUCGCUUUAUCAAUGUCACCCUUGGUGAUAUCACUUUAUCAAUGUCACCCUUGGUGAUAUCACUUUAUCAAUGUCACCCUUUGUGAUAUCACUUUAUCAAUGUCACCCUUGGUGAUAUCACUUUAUCAAUGUCACCCUUGGUGAUAUCACUUUAUCAUUGUCACCCUUGGUGAUAUCACUUUAUCAAUGUCACCCUUGGUGAUAUCACUUUAUCAAUGUCACCCUUUGUGAUAUCACUUUAUCAAUGUCACCCUUUGUGAUAUCACUUUAUCAAUGUCACCCUUUGUGAUAUCACUUUAUCAAUGUCACCCUUGGUGAUAUCCCUUUAUCAAUGUCACCCUUGGUGAUAUCACUUUAUCAAUGUCACCCUUUGUGAUAUCACUUUAUCAAUGUCACCCUUGGUGAUAUCACUUUAUCAUUGUCACCCUUGGUGAUAUCACUUUAUCAAUGUCACCCUUGGUGAUAUCACUUUAACAAUGUCACCCUUUGUGAUAUCACUUUAUCAUUGUCACCCUUGGUGAUAUCACUUUAUCAAUGUCACCCUUGGUGAUAUCACUUUAUCAAUGUCACCCUUGGUGAUAUCACUUUAUCAAUGUCGCCCUUGGUGAUAUCACUUUAUCAAUGUCACCCUUGGUGAUAUCACUUUAUCAAUGUCACCCUUGGUGAUAUCCCUUUAUUAAUGUCACCCUUGGUGAUAUUACUUUAUCAAUGUCACCCUUGGUGAUAUUACUUUAUCAUUGUCACCCUUGGUGAUAUCACUUUAUCAAUGUCACCCUUGGUGAUAUCACUUUAACAAUGUCACCCUUUGUGAUAGCACUUUAUCAAUGUCACCCUUGGUGAUAUCACUUUAUCAAUGUCACCCGUGGUGAUAUCACUUUAUCAAUGUCACCCUUGGUGAUAUCACUUUAUCAAUGUCACCCUUGGUGAUAUCACUUUAUCAAUGUCACCCUUGGUGAUAUCACUUUAUCAAUGUCACCCUUUGUGAUAUCACUUUAUCAAUGUCACCCUUGGUGAUAUCACUUCAUCAAUGUCACCCUUGGUGAUAUCACUUUAUCAAUUUCACCCUUGGUGAUAUCACUUUAUCAUUGUCACCCUUGGUGAUAUCACUUUAUCAAUGUCACCCAUGGUGAUAUCACUUUAUCAAUGUCACCCUUGGUGAUAUCACUUUAUCAAUGUCACCCUUUGUGAUAUCACUUUAUCAUUGUCACCCUUUGUGAUAUCACUUUAUCAUUGUCACCCUUGGUGAUAUCACUUUAUCAAUGUCACCCUUGGUGAUAUCACUUUAUCAAUGUCACCCUUGGUGAUAUCACUUUAUCAAUGUCACCAUUGGUGAUAUCACUUUAUCAAUGUCACCCUUGGUGAUAUCACUUUAUCAAUGUCACCCUUGGUGAUAUCCCUUUAUUAAUGUCACCCUUGGUGAUAUUACUUUAUCAAUGUCACCCUUGGUGAUAUUACUUUAUCAUUGUCACCCUUGGUGAUAUCACUUUAUCAAUGUCACCCAUGGUGAUAUCACUUUAACAAUGUCACCCUUUGUGAUAGCACUUUAUCAAUGUCACCCUUGGUGAUAUCACUUUAUCAAUGUCACCCGUGGUGAUAUCACUUUAUCAAUGUCACCCUUGGUGAUAUCACUUUAUCAAUGUCACCCUUGGUGAUAUCACUUUAUCAAUGUCACCCUUUGUGAUAUCACUUUAUCAAUGUCACCCUUGGUGAUAUCACUUUAUCAAUGUCACCCAUGGUGAUAUCACUUUAUCAAUGUCACCCUUGGUGAUAUCACUUUAUCAUUGUCACCCUUGGUGAUAUCACUUUAUCAAUGUCACCCAUGGUGAUAUCACUUUAUCAAUGUCACCCUUGGUGAUAUCACUUUAUCAAUGUCACCCUUUGUGAUAUCACUUUGUCUUCGACUGCUGUUGGUUCACUUUCUGCAAUCAUUUUUACUCUACAUUACUGCAUAACUAUGGAUUCUAAAGUACUGGUGACAUUUUAACAAAUGAACUCAUUAACUUCAAUCUGUCCAUCCACCUGAUGGAAAUAGGCGUUUCCUACCGUCAUUCCUAAUUCACAGGAUCUGUACAGGUAUGUGUAUAGCAUGUUACUUUACAAAUCAAAGGUUUAACUUCACAAUGAGUGACUAGGUCCAUCACUAUACAUUACAGAACAACAGGCAUUUCUGUUUCAAUCUUUAGUAGGAAUAUUAUAUUUGGGUGUCUGAACUUGCUGAAUAAAAUAUCUCCCACAGGGGAAAUCAGUGGUGUGUACGUUUCUCUUGUUCUUCUUGUAAGAGUAUUAUAUGCAGCCAGAGUAUGGUUUUCACUCGUGCUUUUUGUAAAUGUGUUGUCUGCCAGACCAAAUGUAGGCCAUUGUUUAUAUUGUUGUGCGGCCUUCUAUGGCUGCGUUUCAACAGACAGCCCAUUUCGGAUCUUUUUUCACCAAUUGGACUUUUGACCAAUCCGAUCAGCUUCUUUAAAAAAAAAACGUUUUGCAGUAUUGUGCUGCCUGUGUAAACACAGCCUAGUAAGAUAUAUGAUGUGGGCGUGUUAUCCUGGUCCCACAUCACUUUGUGCAGUCCUGCCAGCGGCUAUAGAACCAGGCUAUAGUGGUGUCCUUGACAUUGUUUCUCUCAUACCAAGAAGAUCUUUGUAAUGACUGUUAUUUUGUUUAUCUGCAACAUCUUUACUGUCCAAAUGUUAAUAAAAUGCUGUGCACAGAGGACA